AUGUCGCUUCGCACACACCUGAUCAAGAUGAGUUUCAUGCUGAGACCGAAGCCCGCCGUUUUGUUUGUUUGGAUUCGGGUGAAGCUGGCUGCAGUGGCUGCCGUGUUAUAUGUGAUCGUCCGGUGUUUGAAUCUGAAGAGCCCCACGCACCGCUUCGACCUCACUUCAGGACUCGCUCGCCGCCUGCUCGGGUCCUGUCCCCUUCUGACCAAAGAAUACAUCCCACCGUUGAUCUGGGGGAAAAGUGGACACAUCCAAACAGCCUUGUAUGGGAAGAUGGGAAGGGUGAGGUCGCCACACCCGUAUGGGCACCGGAAGUUCAUCACCAUGUCCGACGGAGCCACUUCGACCUUCGACCUCUUUGAGCCCUUGGCUGAGCACUGUGUUGGAGAUGACAUUACCAUGGUCAUCUGCCCCGGAAUCGCCAAUCACAGCGAGAAGCAGUACAUCCGCACCUUUGUCGACUACGCGCAGAAAAAUGGCUACCGGUGCGCCGUGCUCAACCACCUGGGCGCCUUGCCCAACAUUGAGCUGACGUCACCACGCAUGUUCACCUACGGCUGCACCUGGGAAUUUGGAGCCAUGGUAAACUACAUCAAGAAGACCUAUCCCCAGACCCAGCUGGUCGUCGUGGGCUUCAGCCUGGGCGGUAACAUCGUGUGUAAAUACCUGGGGGAGAUUCAGGCCAACCAAGAGAAGGUCCUGUGCUGUGUCAGCGUGUGCCAGGGGUACAGCGCGCUGAGGGCCCAGGAGACCUUCAUGCAGUGGGACCAGUGCCGGCGCUUCUACAACUUCCUCAUGGCGGACAACAUGAAGAAGAUCAUCCUCUCGCACAGGCAAGCUCUUUUCGGAGACCAUGUUAAGAAACCCCAGAGCCUGGAGGACACUGACUUGAGCCGCCUCUACACAGCCACGUCCCUGAUGCAGAUUGAUGACAACGUGAUGAGGAAGUUCCACGGCUACAGCUCCCUGAAGGAAUAUUAUGAGGAGGAGAGCUGCAUGCGGUACCUGCACAGGAUUUAUGUGCCUCUCAUGCUGGUCAACGCAGCUGAUGACCCCUUGGUGCAUGAAAGCCUCCUAACCAUUCCAAAAUCUCUUUCAGAGAAACGGGAGAACGUCAUGUUUGUGCUGCCUCUGCACGGGGGCCACCUGGGCUUCUUUGAGGGUUCCGUGCUGUUCCCCGAGCCCCUGACGUGGAUGGAUAAGCUGGUGGUGGAGUAUGCCAACGCCAUCUGCCAGUGGGAGCGGAACAAGUCUCAGUGCUCUGACACGGAGCAGGUGGAGGCCGACCUGGAGUGAGGCCUCCCGGACUCCGGCGCGCUCCAGCUGCCUCCCCUGGAACCCGCGUCCAUCACCGGCUGUUUCAGGUCCCCCCCCACCCCCCACCUCCCUCAGUGACCUGGAUCUGACCUCACACCAUCAGCGGGGACCACCCACCAGGCGCACCUGCGCUGGAGCAGGCCGCCAGUCCCUGGGGGCUCCAGCCUAUUUUUGUGCUUAGUUACUGGUUUUCUCCACCGCCUUGUUCUCCACGGUGACUAGCGACAGGAUUCUCACCCUCCUGUCCCAGUCUCGGCAUUUGAUUGCUCUUAAGCCAAUUACAU